ACCUCAAGUUUGUCUUCCCUAGCCCUGUGGUUCUUGGGAAGUUGUCGGAACUCCUCUGUCAGCCGGAGGCACUCGCUCACAUUCUCAGGGGAAACAAAAUCCACGGCGACUUUCGUGCACGACUUUACCCCGCCCGCCCAACAAACAACAACAACGAUGAUAUUUGUCAUUCACUAUUAUCAGCUACUGCAUCUAUGUAGCUUGAUAGUGGACACAUGA